AUGGGGAAAGGAUCGAAAAGUACGAUUCAUAAUCUCUCGUCAAAUGCUUUCCUCUUUCAUAUUCCAUCAGGCUCACUAAGGAAAAAGGUGCUCCAACACGAACUUUGGAGAGUCGGAGACUCACCGUUUUUUGUGACUGAAUGGAAAGCCUCAUUUAGUCUUGACCCUCCCUCUCUGCAGAAGGCUCCGAUCCGGGUCACAAUAAAAAACAUCCCCUUCGAUCUGGUGACCGAUAUAGGUAUGGGAUUCAUAGCCAAACCUCUUGGCAAGGUGGUGGAUGCAAAGCCCUUCACCAGUGUGAACUCAGCUGAGAUUAAAGUUGUCGUCAAUUUUACAAAAACACUGCCAACAACAAUGGAAAUAGAGAGAGAGACAACGGUCAGAUCGUUCUUCUGUCCGUCCAUUAUCCGUGGCUCCCUCCGUUAUGCUCGGUAUGUAACGAAAUUGGUCAUAAAGCUGUGUUAUGCCCAAUGGUGA